GUAGGUCUAAGUGGUGAGGAGUGGGACCUUUGUCGUGCACCUGACACCACCAUGGUAGACACCCGGGGCGGCACCUCCACUAUGCCGUACAUAAAGGAGGAGGAGGCGAAGAUGGUCGUCAUCCUGCAGGAGAGAAAAGAGAAGAAGGAGGCCAAGAAGAAGGCCCUGUAGGAGGAGCAGGCGGCAAAGUUGAGAAAGAUAGAGGAGGAGAUGGUCAGGGAGAAGGAAAGAUUGAAAAAGGAAGAAGAGCAGAAGUUGAAAGAGAUGGAAGAGGAAGAAGAUGAAACGUCGCUGCAAAGGAAGGGAGUGCAGUAUAGUGGCAGUAGAGACGCGGAGAUGGAAAAGUGGAUCUCAGAGUGGGUCGCCAAUUUAUCCCUGGGCGAAGAAGAAGAGGUGGCAAUGUAUAUCCCCAAGGAUGAUCAGGAAGCUGCUAUGAGAGCGUGGGACGCAGAAGUAGAUGUGAUAAAGCGGCAGGCGAUGGAAGAUGAGAAAAGGAUGAAAUGGAGAUUGGCAGUGAUGAGGGAGAAGAAGAGGAGAGUGGACGCGACAGCAGAGGCGGCAGAAAAAUUAGAGGAGGACACUCCCACACCCUAUGUGCCUAUCGCUGAGGUUGCAGGCCGGUGUCUAGAUGGCUGUCCAGAGACUGCUUGUGUUAGAGUCUCUCUAGACACCUCCCUCACAGGCGUGGCCGAAGAGUUGAAGGAGAGGAUGCCCGCCUGGGCCAAGAUGAGAAAGGAGAAUAAAGGGCAGCUUAUCCUAGUAGAUACAAAGAUUUUUAGAGGCAGAGUAGGGGCCCUAGUAGACUCAGGGGCCACCCGCAGCUAUAUUAGUAAGAAAGCGCUGCAGAAAUUGAAGUUGGGACUUGAAGUCCAAAAGUUAGCAGAUCCUAUAGUUAGUAUCCUCGCAGACAAUCGUACCAUGGUUGUAGAGGAUUACGUAGAGGGAGUCCAAGCGUAUUUCUGCCUAGAGAAAGAUGGGGAAGUGGAGAAGGUCCUCCACUCCCUGACUCUCCUCGUAGAAGACAGCCUCGCAUUUGAUAUUGUCCCGGGAAUGGAUUGGGGAGAGGCAGCCGGGGCCACGCUCUAUUUGAAGGAGCACGAGUGUAGGCUCCCUAGUUCUUCAGGCGAGGCUAAGACUGCCCGCCUGUUCCAUGUGUCAGGAGUAGAGAAUCCCUUGGCACAUUGCUGUCUUAGUGCUCCUGCGUUCGCCAGAUUAGUGAAAAAGGAGAAACUGGAGGAACAGGUUUUUGUUGCCUAUGUUAGGCCAGUGACUGAGCCUACGGAAGAAAAGCCGAUGGACCCUGCGAUUGCCAAGCUGCUGGAAGAGUUCAAGGAUCUAACUGAGCCGCCGAUAGGAGUGGUACCGCGGCCCAUCCAGCACCACAUUGAGAUAGAGCCUGGCAGUAGAACUCCUAAGGGCGCCGUGUAUAGGAUGUCCCCACGGGAGUUAGAGGAGCUUCACAAGCAAUUAGACGAGCUCCUCGAGAAGGGUUGGAUUAGGCCCAGUUCGUCUCCUUUCGGAGCGCCUGUUCUCUUUGUUCCCAAGAAAGAGGGAGAGCUAAGGAUGUGCAUAGACAACAGGGGUCUGAAUGCGAUUACGGUGAAGAAUGCUGAGCCUCUGCCUAGAAUAGAUGAUCUCUUAGAUCGAGUACAGGGGACAAAGUAUUUCUCCAAGAUAGAUUUGAAGUCCGGAUAUCAUCAGAUAGAAGUGCAUCUUGAUGAUCAGUAUAAGACAGCCUUCCGGACUAGAUAUGGGCACUAUGAGUUCAUAGUGAUGCCCUUUGGACUAACCAAUGCGCUAGCUACGUUCCAGCGCUGUAUGAAUGAUUUGCUUAGGCCAUGGUUAGACAGAUUGUUGAGAAAGGAGACCAUCUGGAAGUGGGAUAAGGACUGCACGUCUGCCAUGAAGAAGUUAAAGCAGGCAUUGAUAGAGUGUCCAGUCCUUAAAGUCGCCGAUCCGUCCUUGCCCUUUGUCGUCACGACCGAUGCGAGUCAAUACGGCAUAGGCGCAGUGUUACAGCCAGACGAUGGCAAUGGGUAUAGACCCGUAGAGUUCAUGUCUGCUAUGAUGCCUUCAGAGAAGGUCGCGACAUCUACCUAUGAGAGGGAACUCUACGCUCUGAGGCAAGCCUUAGACCACUGGAAGCACUACUUGCUUGGGAGGCACUUCAAAGUCUAUUCCGACCAUGAAACAUUACGAUGGUUAAAGACGCAGGCCAAGAUGACACCUAAGCUUACUAGGUGGGCCGCAGAGAUAGAUCAAUACGACUUCGAGCUCAAGCCUGUCAAAGGGAAGUAUAACGUAGUCGCGGAUGCUCUGAGUAGGCGAGCAGAUUACUUUGGGGCAAUAGUGCAUUUCCUAGACAUAGGGAAGGAUCUACAGCAGAAGGUUAGAGAAGCCUACGCGCAGGACCCUAUCUACAGUGACCUCCUUAAGAAAGUCAAAGAGGCCCCAAAGACUGAACCGAACUACCGCACUACCGAGGGGUUGCUCUUCGAGAAGACAAAUGUAUUCGACCUCCUGUGCAUUCCUCGUAGCGAAGAGAUUCGUAGUUUGAUUCUGGGAGAAUGCCACGACACAGAGGGUCAUUUUGGUUGGCAAAAGACGUUAGCCAAUCUAAUGCGUGCGUAUACCUGACCAGGAAUGAAGAAUGACUGCAUAG